CUCGCGCCCCGCCCCCGUCCCUGCUGACCCCUCCCCUGUCGCGCGCGGGGGUGUUUCUCGCUCCUCCCGAGUUGCGGCCGCCGUGGCCGCUGCUCCUCCUCUCCCAAGCUUGGGUUUCCCUAGCGCUGCGGCCGCCGCUGCCUCUGCGGUCUGUAUGAGGAGGAGGAGGAGGAGGAUGUGAAGAUGGCGGAGCUGCAGAUGCUGCUCGAGGAGGAAAUCCCGGGGGGGCGCCGGGCUCUCUUCGACAGCUACACGAAUCUGGAACGGGUGGCGGAUUACUGCGAGAACAAUUACAUCCAGUCAGCAGAUAAGCAGCGAGCCCUAGAAGAAACCAAAGCCUAUACCACCCAGUCCUUAGCAAGUGUUGCCUAUCUGAUAAAUACCUUGGCCAACAAUGUACUGCAGAUGCUGGAUAUCCAGGCAUCCCAGCUACGAAGGAUGGAAUCAUCAAUCAAUCAUAUUUCACAAACCGUUGAUAUUCAUAAAGAGAAAGUUGCAAGAAGAGAAAUUGGUAUUUUGACUACCAAUAAAAACACUUCAAGGACACAUAAGAUUAUUGCUCCAGCCAACCUUGAACGACCAGUUCGUUAUAUUAGAAAACCUAUUGACUAUACAAUUCUAGAUGAUAUUGGACAUGGAGUAAAGUGGUUGCUUAGAUUUAAGGUGAGUACCCAGAAUAUGAAGAUGGGUGGGCUGCCGCGUACAACACCUCCAACUCAGAAACCCCCCAGCCCCCCUAUGUCAGGGAAAGGGACCCUUGGGCGGCACUCCCCCUAUCGCACACUGGAGCCAGUGCGUCCUCCAGUGGUACCAAAUGAUUACGUACCUAGCCCAACCCGUAAUAUGGCUCCCUCGCAGCAGAGCCCUGUGAGGACAGCUUCUGUGAAUCAAAGAAAUCGAACUUACAGCAGCAGUGGGAGUAGUGGAGGAAGCCACCCAAGUAGUCGGAGCAGCAGUCGUGAGAACAGUGGAAGUGGGAGUGUAGGCGUUCCCAUUGCCGUUCCUACUCCCUCUCCUCCCAGUGUCUUUCCAGCCCCUGCUGGCUCUGCUGGUACUCCUCCCCUUCCUGCUACUUCUGCAUCUGCCCCUGCCCCUCUAGUUCCUGCUACUGUCCCUUCCUCCACUGCCCCUGAAGCAGCUGCUGGGGGUGCCCAGACCCUUGCUGAUGGCUUCACUUCUCCAACUCCCCCUGUUGUUUCUUCCACUCCCCCUACAGGUCAUCCUGUUCAGUUCUACAGCAUGAAUAGACCUGCCUCUCGCCACACUCCCCCAACAGUAGGGGGCUCAUUGCCCUAUAGACGCCCUCCUUCCAUAACUUCACAAACAAGCCUUCAGAAUCAGAUGAAUGGAGGACCUUUUUAUAGCCAGAAUCCAGUAUCUCUUGCUCCUCCUCCUCCCUCCAUCCUACAGGUAACUCCUCAGUUACCUUUAAUGGGAUUUGUGGCCAGAGUCCAAGAAAAUAUUUCAGAUACACCACCACCACCACCACCUGUGGAAGAACCAGUCUUUGAUGAAUCCCCCCCUCCACCUCCUCCCCCGGAAGAUUAUGAAGAGGAGGAGGCCGCCGUGGUUGAGUAUAGUGAUCCUUAUGCUGAAGAGGACCCGCCGUGGGCUCCAAGGUCUUAUUUGGAGAAGGUUGUGGCCAUUUAUGAUUAUACAAAAGACAAGGAAGAUGAGCUGUCUUUUCAGGAAGGAGCCAUUAUUUAUGUCAUCAAGAAGAACGACGAUGGUUGGUAUGAGGGAGUUAUGAAUGGAGUGACUGGGCUCUUUCCCGGGAACUAUGUCGAGUCUAUCAUGCAUUAUUCCGAAUAAAGCUCAGCAGGGCUGUUUCCCUCACAGAAAUAGUCAGGACUUCCCAGAUUAUCACAAGGCCCUGGGAUUCCCCUCCAGUGAAGUGAAUGAAGGAUACAAAUGAUAAAAACUACUUCUGUUUUUUUUUUUAACUCCGUUUAUCCCC